AUGACCCGAUUAGCUAACCACGAGUUCCUCGCCGAGGUCGGCAAGUUGCUUGCGGCCAACGACGGCAAGAACUCGGUGUACGUCACGCAGAAACGGCUCGUGCUGGACGUCGAGACUCCGGGCCACCUCGCCGACCUCCCGUCAAACGUGGUGACGCUGGAGAUGGAACCCCUCGCCCCCGUCAACGUCACCACCUACCCCAUUCUCGUACGGGUACAGAUGAAUGGCAAGGAGCGCAAGGACAAGCUGACGAAAUUGCUGACGGUGGUGGAGACGAGCCAGUUGGAACAGUUCUGGGGCGACUACGUGCAAGUGUUGAAAAACGGCAUGGUGGGGCUUAGAAAACGUGAGAAGAAGAAGAAGAACAAGAACAAGAACAAGGUGACCAAGUAG